UGUCCAGCAGGUGUGUCCCGUCUCCCAGGCGGGCGGGACCGCUGUUUCCGGGCUGUCCUGGCACCCGAACCGCGCUGGGCGUGGCUGCGGUCAGAAAACCCCAAACCGAGAUGACCUGGGGUAGAGGACGAGCGCGGCGAGCCCGCCGUCCGCAGGAGGAGCUGCCCAGCCCUCGGCUCUCAGCCUCUGCGUCCGCUCAGGAACCCACGGCCCGCGCCAACUCCGGGACAGCGAAACCUCCGCGCCUCGGGCACCCGGCGGAGACCGGUCGCAGGCCUCGCAGUCGGGCCCACGAGAGUUAACCAACCUGCUCCAGCGGAAGCCGAGGGCCGGGCCGCUGAGCACCUCCCAUUGGCCGCCGAGCCGGCUCUGAGCUCAUUGGCGGAGACGCUCGGCUGCGGCUCUUGGAGAGUCCCCAUUGGCGCUGCGUUCCACCGACCGGAGAGUGGCGGCCCGGCCUCCGCAAGCUACCCCGGGUAAAGGUGCUCCAGCUCCGUAGCUACCUUGCCACGCUCAGUCUUAGCUGGAAUCUUAACUUACUUCGCAGCCCUCCUCUUGCUUGUCGCCAAGGCACCUCCGGGUCUUCCCUCCGAUCCUUUUCUUCUUGUUGCUUUUCUUUAUCCUGCCUCUCCAGCUACCAUUUCCCAACUCCGCGUUUUCCUUAAAUAUUCCCAGGUCCCCCUAGCCUGUCAUCCCAGGCAUCCCCACCUGCCACCGUCUAACUUCUGCUCCUCCUUGACCUCAGAUCCCUUGGUCAACAGGGCCUUUUCGCCAGACUCUCCUACACUCCUCUUUCCCCCUUAUUUGCCACCCUCUGACUCCCAAAUUCCCAUUAACCUUACUUCAUUUCUUCACACUUGACUCUAACACUUUAGCUUUCUAAAUUUCUACCUGUUGCAGCCUGGACUGCAAAAAGCCAGGUGUUGGCCCUGAUAUCCCUCCCUGCUUCCCGAGGCCGGUGCUACCCCUACCAUGGAAUUCUUGAUGAGUGGUCUGGCAGCCUGCGGGGCCUGUGUGUUCACCAAUCCCCUGGAAGUUGUGAAGACCAGAAUGCAAUUGCAGGGAGAACUGAAGGCUCCCGGAACCUACCAGCGCCACUACCGGAACGUCUUCCAUGCCUUCUUCACCAUUGGCAAGGUGGACGGCCUGGCUGCCUUGCAGAAGGGCCUGGCCCCUGCGCUCCUGUACCAGUUUCUGAUGAAUGGCAUCCGACUGGGCACCUACGGGCUGGCGGAGGCUAGGGGAUACCUGCGCACUGAUGAAGGCAUCCACAGUCCUAUCCGCAGCGCUGCAGCUGGGGCCCUAGCUGGGGUCAUGGGAGCCUAUCUGGGAAGCCCAAUCUACAUGGUGAAGACACACCUUCAGGCACAGGCAAAAGCUGAAAUUGCUGUAGGGCACCAGUAUAAGCAUCAGAUCUUUCCUCCCCAGAGCUGGAAGGUGGCUCUGGCGGCUGCCAUGGUGAGUGGCAUCGCAAUAGUCCUGGCCAUGACACCUUUUGAUGUGGCCAGCACAAGGCUCUAUAACCAACCCACUGAUACCCACGGCAAGGGCCUCAUGUACCGGGGGAUCUUGGACGCUCUGCUGCAGACGGCUCGGACAGAGGGCUUUUUUGGCAUGUACAAGGGUAUAGGUGCCUCCUAUUUUCGCCUUGGCCCCCAUACUAUCCUCUCCCUCUUCUUCUGGGAUCAGCUGCGCUCCUUCUACAGCACAUACACUAAAUGAGGCACGCUCCUGCGCUCCAAAUCAACACUCUUUGGGCACCAGCCUCUACUACUUACUAUCUUGGUGACUAUUUAAUGACCGAUUGACUUCUCGUGAACCUAAGGGGGACAACCACACCCACUGCCUCUCAGUUCUCUUAGGCUUGAAUCAUUCUGAGCAGUAAUUUCUGUCUUUCCCAUGGAUAUUGCUUUAAAUUGCCACACAGGUCCCCACACCCAUCUCAGGGUUGAAUCAGACACUCCAAAGUAUAUUUCUACUGCCAUUCUUGGGUCCUUCCUGCUUCUGUACACAGCUUUAAAAGUCCCCCAAGACCAAAGGGAACUGGGGAGAUCCAGGUGUCCUCUCAGAUUCAAAGCCACAGAAACUGUGUUGUUUAUAAAGCAAGUUUAUUUCCGCAGAGGAGGUGUCUUAUGUUUAUGUCCAGGGAGGAAGCAGAAAGAAACUCCCCCUCUCAGAGCUGGGUCCCCGAGUCCUCAGCAGCAGCAGUUAUGUUGUGUUCCGCCAUCUUUACUGGGGACCAAAGAUGUUGGGGUCGUGAAGAGUCAAACUAGUCACCAGUUGUUCAAAGUUACCCAGGCUCCAAGGUGGACAUGACAGAUUCUCAGGGCCAAGAGACCUGCUGUUAGAGCUUAGGGAACGGGCAGAGAAAGAAUCCAGCUUGAGGUUUGCAAGAUUACACUCCCUAGUACCCAGAAGACCAGGAAUCCCUGACCCCCAAGCCCUUGGCUCAUUUCUGCUUCCUUGAAGGAGUCCACCAGCCAAUCUUCCCGUUUGACCCACCCAACCUAACUGUUGGGGGGGGGGGGCGACACCCACAUUCGAGCUUCCCACCCUUUCCCUAGUCCUUACGGGGGCUGAUUGAAGGUGAGCAAGAGGUCAGUCUGGUACUGGGGCAGCCGAAGCAAGGCCUGAUGUAGUGUGACAUCCUUUGCUACCUAAAGGGAUCAGAAUCAGGAUGCUUACAAGGAUGGUUCGUGGAGCUACCCCUCCCCCCACUCCACAUCCCCUUCGCCGUGGCCCUCACCUGCU